GUGUUUAUAGGUUAUAAAGCUUCGCAGUCCAAUUAAUGAUUUUGACAAACCUCAGGGAGGUAAUUGUAAUUUACCGCGUAACUCGCCAAAACCUCCUCAAAUGGACUGAAGUCUGGAACAGAGAACAGCAGUUCCGCUCCCUUUCUCCAUUUUCAUCAUCUUCUUAAACUCCAUUGGGCUUUACCGACUACGGAGACUUUUUUCGAACUAGGAGUCCUGUAACUCACGGAGCUGUGAGCCAGGAUUGAAAAGUGAUCUGUUAGUUUGUUGGGGGCGGUAAGGAAGGCACACAAUUCAGGGUUUCGAGCUCUUGGUGUUAAUCCGGGUUUGACGACUCUGCUUCACAAGACAAUUUAAUACUUCGUUUUAAGCAUUAAUUUUUAGUCUUUAUCAGUUGAAUUCCCAAUUUUCUCGUUUAGGGAUAAGAUUAUUCUCAGUGUUUGCAUAGCCUGUAAGCUUUAAUAUCUGAUUCUUGGGUAUAAUCCGAUAAUGCUGAAAUACACCUCUGCAUUAGCGUCGAGAAGUUUCUCUAGGUCGGUAAAUCAGAAAACCCGUGAAGGAUUUCACUGUUUGAGACCCAGAAAUGUCUUCGUUAGGAUCCGAGAUAAACCCCUUUUGAAAGAAGAUAAGGUGUUUGUAAAAUUGUCUUCUGGGGUUCUGCAUAAGAAUGCUUCUAGGGAUUCUGUAUCUUGCCGGCUGAUUAGUUCUAGAAGUUUUUCGAGUUCAGAUUCUCAGAAGUUGCCUGAAGGAAUUGAAAAGCCUCUGCCAUGGUUAGUACAGUCUAGAGUUAAAGCUACUAGAAGGCCCCAGGAAGUGGUGACAACAAAAACCAGCAAGUCUUCCUGGGAGGAAUCAGCAACAAAAUUCCUAAAAGGUGGCGCCAAAGAGAAGGGGGUUCAGGGUUCGGAAAGUAGGCAGCACACUUAUGGGGGUAGAAGAGAAGUAAUGGCUGAAGAACGAGAAGAAGAAGAAGAAGCAGGUGAAGCUGAGGAAAUUGAUAAUCCAAGAUGGGAUAAAAUCAAGAAUAGAUUCAGCAGGACUGAGGAUGUGAAACCAGGGUCUAACAAGCCGGAAUUUAAGAGGUUGAAUAAGCAGGAGAGUUGGGGUCGGAAAACUUGGAAGGAGGCUACGGAAUCUACUGUGCCAAAAAUUGUAGGUGAAGGGAUCUAUGGGAUUGGACCCAUAUUAGCUGCAUUAUCAGCUGAAAGAAGAGAGUUUUAUGCAUUGUACGUUCAGGAAGGGAUUGAUCUUAGUGGAAACAAUAAGAGGAAGAAGGACAAGAAAGGGUUUGAGAAGAUUUUGCAUAUGGCAGAGAGGAUCGGAUUGAGCAUAAAGGAGGUUUCUAAGCAUGAUCUUAACAUGGUUGCUGAUAAUAGGCCGCAUCAGGGACUAAUCUUGGAUGCCUCUCCUUUGGAGAUGGUCAGCAUUAAGGAAUUAGAACCUGUUUCUGUAGAGGAUGACAGUGGCCCUCUUUGGGUGGCUUUGGAUGAAGUUACUGAUCCUCAAAAUUUGGGUGCAAUCAUUCGUUCUUCUUAUUAUUUUGGAGCCUCAGGGGUGGUCUUAUGUGCUAAGAAUUCUGCCCCUCUGAGUGGAGUUGUAAGCAAAGCAAGUGCAGGAUCACUUGAGUUAAUGGAGAUUAGAUCUUGUAAGAAUAUGAUGCAGUUUCUAUCGGCCUCGGCAGAAAAUGGUUGGCGUGUUCUGGGAGGCUCAGUUUCUUCUAGAGCUGUCCCUUUGCAUAAGGUUGUACCUGGUGCUCCAACAAUUCUUGUUUUAGGCAGUGAAGGCACUGGUUUGAGGCCACUGGUGGAGAGAUCCUGCACCCAAUUGAUAAGAAUUCCUGGAAAUGUCCCAGUGGAUGUUAGUUCUGGGGAAGGUGAAGACUUAGAAAGGUCCGAGGGCAUUCGUGGACCGACGGGUCAAGAAUUCAAGUCGUUUAUGGCUGUUGAGAGUUUAAAUGUUAGCGUUGCUGCAGGCGUGCUUCUUCACCACUUAACUUUGAAUAGAUGCAGUAACAACGAAUCCAGUGAAGAAAAGCUGACUACUAUAGUGGAAUGAGAAUUUGUAGGUUUUCUGAUUGAACAUGCGAAUCAGUAGCUUAGAUUUUGCCAUGUUUCUUUUGGAAUCAAUAAGUAAAUUUUUCAUGUUGCUGCUGUCCUAAAUUUCUAAUCUCUUUAUACAGUAGUUCACUUAAUCUGAAAGCAGUCGAAUUGCAUGAUAGUCUCACUUUUUAUUUUAGCUUGUGUUGCCUUUUUCUAGUCCUCUUAAGGUUCUGAAACUUGCACCGUGUCUUGUUUGGAGACAACUUGUCCCUGGAUGCAUAGUAAUCACAACUCAGAAU